AGAAGAAGAAGAAGAAGAAGAAGGUGAAGCUCCAAAGCACAAUGAUCAUGGCCACCAUCUCCAUCCAAUUCCAUCCCAGUUUCCUCACCGGCAACCCUCUCAGGCCAAUCACUAAGCUCAAUUACAAAUCCCAUCCACUCUCUCUUCUCCCAUGCACCACUGCAUCCAUCCACCACCCCAACCAUUCCCAAUUGAAGAAGGAUGAGUUGAAGCUUGCUAAACUAGCUAUGGUGACAUUAGCUGCCGGAGUUCUAGCUGUCACACCGGUGCAGGACGCCACUGCAGCCAAGACCGGCGGCAGAGUUGGUGGUCAGGCUUUCCGGUCGCCGGCGCCACCGAGAUCUUCCGGUCCCCGGAUCAACAAUUCCAGGACAAACAUUUUCAUUAACCCACCAAUUGCACCUCCAUUGGUGGGAGGAUAUGGAUAUGGUGGAUAUGGUUGGUCACCUUUUACAUUCUUUGUUCCGGGGCCAAGUGUUGCUGUUGGAUUUGGAGGAGGCUUUGAGCUCUUUGCUGCCAUUGUUGUUUUUGGUAUCAUUGCUAAUGUUUUAAGAAGAUUUACAAGACAAAGGGAUGAAGAUGAAGAUGAUUAUUGAAUUUAUUCAUAUCAUAGUUUUUGUGUAUGCAAUAUGCAUGGUUUUGUUGUAAAAGUUUUCCUUUUUUUCUUCUUUAGAAGUUUUUUAGUUUCAUAAUGCAUAUAUGUAUACUAUUUA